AUGGGCUUAGGAACUUGCGGCGUCACUAGAGUUGGAACUCGCUCCACGUUUUCUUAUUUGACUUCUUAUUCAAUCUUAACAUUUUUAGUCCUCCUCGACUACCUCACUCCACGACAAGAUCGCCAUAUGGACUCAAAAUUAUCUUUCCAGUCUAAAAAGGAUGCUUGUUUUUCUGGAAUCUUCUACCUAUUACAACACAAACCGCCCACUCAAAAGAAACAAUGUUCAGAGAGAUCUAAUUCAAUAGCGAAGAUGCAGAUUCUGAUUCUCUGCCUCUCAAUCAUUCUAACGGCAGCUCAGGGUGUUCACCAGAACACAACUUUCGUCUUCAACCACUUCAACACCACAACCACAAUCAAAUAUGUUGCAGCUGCCUCCAUACAAUCCAACGCAAUCCGCCUCACAAAUCACUCCAAGCGCAUCAUUGGCCGUGCCUAUUUGGACAAGGCCGUCCCCAUGAAAAGAAACGGCUCCGUAAUCUCAUUCAGCACAAGCUUCAUAUUUGCCAUUGUCCCACAUGCCCGCUCGGGCGGGGCCGACGGGCUCUGCUUCGUCAUGACGCCCACCACCGCUCUCAACGGUGCUUUCGCCACGCAGUACCUAGGCCUCCUCAACAUAUCCAGCGACGGUAAAGACCACAACCAGCUUUUUGCUGCAGAAUUCGACACAAGUCAGAGCAUUGGCGUGGAUAACAAGGACGGCAACCAUGUGGGAAUCGAUCUCAACGGCGUCAAAUCGUUGUUGGCUGAACCUGCUGGUUAUUGGGAAGGGAACAGUUUGACGCCCAUUAAUCUGAAGAGCGGGCAUAAUAUAAGGGCCUGGAUCGACUAUGACGACGCUUCUAACCAGCUGGACAUAAGUAUUGCAGCAAUUGGAGAGGCGAAGCCGCAGAAAGCCCUGGUGUCGAAGAAAGAUUUGGAUUUGGACGGUAUUAUAGAAGAGUACGUGUACGUUGGGUUUUCUGCGUCUACAGAUUACGCAACAUUUCUUUUCUUUAAUGUGAAACAGAAUCCUCCUGACCAAGGUAUUUGCCACUCUGUUUUACCGCAGGGUUUUAGGGACGACAAUCUUCUGGGCGAUGGGGGCUUUGGAAAGGUAUACAGGGGCACUCUGCCUUCCGGCGAAGAAAUCGCCGUGAAAUGCAUCACAAAAGAUUUAGCAGAAGGAAUGGAGGAAUUCAUGGCAGAAAUUUCAAGCCUUGGGCGGCUGCAGCACCGGAAUCUAGUGGCCCUCAGGGGUUGGUGCAGAAAAAAUGAGCGCAUCUUCAUCAUCUACGACUACAUAUCCAACGGAAGCCUUGAAAGAAAUUUAUACAGUCCAGAAAUGAAUCUUACAUGGCCUCAAAGACACAAAAUUCUUACGGAUGUAGCCGGCGGCCUGCUAUACUUACAUGAGCAGUGGGACAAAUGUGUGGUACACAGGGACAUUAAAUCCAGCAAUGUAUUGUUGGACACUGAUCUGAACGGCCGGGUGGGGGAUUUUGGCUUGGCAAGGUUAUAUGAUCAUAGCCAAAGACCCCAGACUACUCAUGUGGUGGGCACUCUGGGGUACAUUGCACCUGAGCUUAUACAUUCUGGUAAGGCUUCUCCUUCAACAGAUGUGUUCAGCUUUGGGGCUCUUAUGCUGGAGGUUGCCUGCGGAAGGAAACCUGUAGAUGCCCAAGGUGUGAUUUUGGUUGAGUGGGUUUGGGAUCUGUAUGCAAAUGAGAGGUUACUGGAUGCUAUUGAUCAGAGGCUUGGGGAGAAUUAUGAUAAGGAUGAGGCUGAGAUUGUGCUUGUACUGGGGCUCAUUUGUUCAAACCCUGAUCCACAAAAGAGGCUUGGUAUGAGAAAAGUGUUGCAGAUACUUUGCGGUGAGGCUGCUUUGCCUAUGGGUCUUCCUGCACCUUCAGCUUUUUAACCAUUCUUACAUUGACAUUGUAGUUUGAUGCGGUUGGAAUCAUUUCAUCCAACUGUUUUGCAUUCGUCAACAGCAAACAGCGAGUGAAUUUUUUAUAGAAAGUAAACUUGUG